GUUCCCUCCCAAACCCCCUGAAUUUCUUCCGCCUAAACCUAUCCCCAAAUUUAAAACUUGCAACACCAAAUUUCUUUUCCACCCUAAUUUUGUAGUGCCUCCAGAUUUCUACAAAAAAAUAACAAUAUCAUAUUAAAUCCAAACCUUUUCUACGCCAUAACCCAUUACAAGCUUUUCAUCACACAUCGUUGAUGAAGACGGCGAUCGUUGAUGGAAACUAUUUAGAGGUCAAAUACACAAUUGAUUUAGAGAUCUAUGAUGGAUGUAAACGACAAGUUGAUUCAGAAAUCGUAAGUGCGUCUUUUUUCUGAAGGUUAUCUCGGAUUGCUUUCUAAUCAAGUAUGGUAUGUCAAUUUCCGAGUUUUGACUACUUGUUAUGUUUAGAUCGGUUGGUGUCAUUGUCAAUAAUGUUUACAUUAAGGCUAGUUUUUCAACUGUUUAUUGGUACCUUGCAGUAGGGAGGGCAAAAAGCUUAAUUUUGUAAUGGAAUUAGGAAUUUCGAUUAAUUUUUAAGCAACUGAUAUAGAAACUGAUGAUUAUUUGAUUGAGUUACAUAUUAUUCACAUCACUUUUGCAACUAACUUUCUAUUAUCUGGGCAAAAUGGAUUCUUUAAUGACAUAAGCUUAGUGCAUGCCAGGUGUUUGAUGUUUUGUCAAAUGAAAACUGAUGAUUCAACAUGAUCAUACCAAUUUGACAUAUAAUAUUCACCAGUACCACUAGUUUAUAAAAAAAAAACAAUCUGAGUCUAGAGAAUACCGAAAAUCGAAUAUGGGUAGUUUACUCAUACUAUAGAGCAAGAUAAAUAUAAUUUGGAACAGUUAGGCUUCUUACUAUAAUUAUGUGGAUUUAAUUAUCUUUUUUCUUGUCAACUGUUAUCGUAAAACAUAGAUUCCAUAUAGUAAAGAGCUGCAUUAUAAGCUAUUUUCUAAAUCCAAUGCCACACAUUUAGUUUCUAAACUUCUAGUUUAAUUUAUAUCAAACAUUUGGUGAAGCAUUCUCCAUGUCGUAUGCUUAUGCUUCUACUAAGGUUGCUGUUACAGAGGUAACUAGGAAGGGAUGCCAGCAUGGGGACGUACACACUUAUUCUCGGAUGUGACUGGUCUUACAAAAUGCUUAUUUUUGGAAUUAAAAACAAAGAGAAAGAAGAGCGAGGUUGUAAAGACUCAGACAACGUUAGGGAAAGCCCUGGUGCAUUCGAUAGUUUGUACAGCGAACUACCAGAAAUCUUGUUUAUUCAAAGAUGUGAACUUCUAUGUCCUGAUAGCCAAGGUGCUCCUACGGUUAGGGGUAUAGGCCGUGUUUAUCCUACUACUGAGAGGAUUAUGCAUAAUUGCCUGAUGAUAGAUGGUUUUGUCAAAGUUCAAGUAGAGUUGAAGAAGGUUGCGGAUUGAACCGUCUCUUGCCUGAUUCAUGUAGUAGACUGUUUGGAAGAUGCAAAAGAAUGCUUUAUUUGCUGGUCUGUUAAAUCAAUAAAGAGUUUAAACAAAGAUUCUCCUCAAAGUGUAGAACCAUCUCACCAUUCUAUGGGUACACUUUAUAGACUGCAAGUCGUUUUUAAUAUAUAUCAUUAUUUUUAUAAAAAACAAUCUGUUUUGCUAAUGUUGUUUGAGACAACAUCUGCUCACCAACAACAAACGAUUCCAGAUGAAAGAAUUGGGUAUCAAAUAUACUCGUAUGCAUUACAAGAGGAGGAGGCUUUUAAUUGAUUGCUCGCUGAUAAACAAUUUUCUCAUAAUACAACCAAGCAUGUUCCUUUUGUUGGGAAAUAAAACCUCAAUGGUUCGUCAAAGUGAAAUUGACGAGUUUGUAGAGUGUACUUUAAAGGCGUCUAUUUCAGUUUUGGUGGUUGGAAGGACGACAAGGAUGAAUGGAGUGGCAAAGGAAUUCAAGCCAGUGAGUGCUGUUGAGAGCUUUGUGGUUAUUGGGGUGGAUAAAGGAGGUUGCACAAAGUCAAGGAGUUUUUUGGAUGGUUGAUUUUAUUUGUGCUAAACUGAAUGAUAGGAUGUUUUUUCUAUGUUAAAUUGAAUGUUUUAGACUAAUGGGUUAACAUGGAUGCUUUAGCUAUUUAUAACAUGGUUCAUUGUUUGUUA